AUGGACGACAAGGGUCUUCACAUCAACGCCCUAGAGCUGAAGGCGGCUUUUUAUGCAUUGAGAUGCUUUACCGACGGUCUCCUCAACGUUAGUAUCUUACUGAGAAUUGAUAAUACCACGGUUAUCGCUUAUAUUAACAAAUUUGGUUCGGUUCAACACCCUCAUCUUACAGACAUCGCCAGAAAUAUAUGGAAAUGGUGUGAAGAACGAGACAUCCACCUCUUCGCAUCAUAUAUAGCCUCGAUAGACAAUACCAUCGCAGACAGUGAAUCGCGUAUCGAAUGUUCCGACACUGAAUGGUCCCUUUCGACCCACGCAUUCGGCCAAGUCGAAAGAUCUCUCGGGCCCUUUGACAUCGACCUCUUCGCUUCGCUAGUUAACGCCAAGAAUGAGACAUACGUCUCCUGGUUUCCUGACCCGGGUUCGUGGGCUAUUGACGCCUUCAGUAUAAACUGGCAUCCGUUCUACUUCUAUGCCUUCCCUCCCUUUAUCUUACUACCUAGGGUAUUGCGGAAGAUUUGGGACGAUGAGGCCACGGGGAUCGUGAUUAUCUCAUGGUGGCCAUCACAAUCGUGGUUCCCAGUCCCAACAUCCGGACUGGAGAAGCCUUUCCCUGGCUGCAGGGAGACUAUCAGGCAAGCACUAAUAUUGCAGUCAGUUCCCCCGGCAGCUCUGGAGGUUAUGAUCGCCUCUUCAGCUACAAUUAGACAAUAUGCCCGACCUUUAAGGAUCUGGUGGGACUUUUGUCAGAGGCACCGGAUCUCGCCUUUCUCUCCUAGAGUGGACCAAGUCCUUGAUUUUUUAUCACAGGAAUUAGGGAACGUGAGCUCUUAUUCAUCUUUCAACACUACACGGUCGGCAAUCUCUCUUAUUUCUGACAAAGCGAUCGGCAGCCACCCGCUAAUCAAGCGUUUUGGUAGGGGGGUCAGCACCGUUAGGCCACAACACGCGCGCUAUGACUUUAUCUGGGACCCGGCCCCGGUAAUCGCAAAAUUAGCAAAGAUCUUCCCUUACGAAUCUAGGCCUCUGGAAGUCAUUUCUAGGAAAUUAGUCCUUCUAGCGCUAGGUUCGGGACAGCGAGCGCAAACCUUAGCAGCUAUUAAAAUCCCAUAUAUUAUUCGAGAAAGAGAUAGGCUUAUUAUUAAGAUACCAGAUCGAGUAAAAACAUCUACCCCGGGCCGAGCACAACCUCUACUUACCUUUCCGAGUUUUUCUGAACACCCAGAGCUUUGCGUGGUUACUAUUAUAGACCACUAUCUACUACGUACUGAAUCCCUACGCCCCCCGAGUGCAAUUCCUUGCUCAUUUCUUGCGUAA